AUGUCUUUAAAGAGAAUAAAUGAUAAAGAUAUUUUCGAAAAUAUCAUUGAUAUUGGCCUUCGCAUGUAUGGAAAUGGUUAUGCACUUCCAAUCGAUUCUGUUCGUUGUGUAUUAGAAUAUUGUCAACAACAACUUCGAGAGUAUUGUAUAAAACAUAAUGAAUUGUUAAUCAGACGAAAUUCUCUGUUAACUACAUUGAUUUACUCUUCUCGACGAAACAAAACACGUUUGAAACGACUUCAACAAUAUGUUCAAACGAAAGAUCGAUCUUUAACUCAACAGGAAGAUUUAAAUGAUGUUAAAGAUAAACGAUUGACAAUAUCUGAUCGAUUUCAUCGAAUUUCUCGUCAAUUUCACAUUUAUCUCGAUCAAAAUGAAUUCUUCGAUCUCCAACGUGCACGUCAAUAUUCUCGUCUUGAUACUUAUUAUAAAAGUGAUCAAUUAACCAGCGAUGCUUAUUUAACAUUUGUUGAACAACAACAUUCAUCUUUCAAUCAAAUUCGUUCGUUAUCAUCAAUGGAUAUUCUUCAUUGGCUUAAUUUGUACAGUUUUUCUCUUCCAAAAUCUUCUCGUUCGAGUGAAGAUCUUUCCUUAGCGGAGAUUUGUUUAUUUCUACUCAAAGAAAUUCUUCUUAAUCUAAUGGAUAAAGUUUAUCAGUGUUCAACUCCUUGUGAAAUUCGCGAUGUUCUUCGUCGUCAAUAUGUACAAAGAUUUCAACGUUUACCUUAUUCAGGACGAAAACGACGAAAUUUUCAUUAA